AUGGGGCUCCCCACCGUCAGAGGCCGCAGCCUGAGGUCCUCGGAAGGGAGGAAGCUAGAAGCCCUACGCACGGGGAGGGAAGGGCUCCAGCCUGGGCACGGCAGCCAGGGGCGGCCUUCAGGGGAGUCUCAGGGGGCCAGCCAGCUCUGCCCAGGCGGUGGAAGUUUCCUACAGAGCUUUGCACAGCUGGGCAUCCAGCGGAUCCUCCUCAGAAUCCUCUGGGCCUGCAUCCCCCCAUCCUUCCCCAUCCCCACCCCUGCACGCCAGCAGCCACCCGGGAGAACAGAGCCGGCCCAGGACAGUCCCUUCUCACUUUUCCACAAAGGGGUGGACUACCAGGUGCGAGCAAAGGCAGACACCAUGGGCGCUGUGUGCCGGGCUGAGGAGCAGGGUUCUCCCAGGGACUCAGAGUGCUGGGUGUCUGGCUGGGGCCACACUGACCCCAGCCACACCCACAGCUCGGAUAUGUUCCAGGACAUGGUGGUGCCCCUGCUCAGUACCCAGCUCUGCAACAGCUCCUGUGUGUACCAUGGGGCACUCACACCCCACAUGCUGUGUGCCGGCUACCUGGAUGGGAGGGCUGAUGCAUGCCAGGUGCAGCAGUGGGGGGGCCCCCUGGUGUGCCCAGACUGGGGCACAUGGUGGCUGGUGGGGGUGGUCAUCUGGGGCCACAGAUGCGCAGAGCCCCAUCACUCUGGCAUCUAUGCCAAGGUUGCUGAAUCCCUGGACUGGGACCAUGACAAUGUGGGGUGA